UAAUGUUUGUUUGCGCGCUUGGCAACGCGCGACUCUUCGAUUUCCAAAAUGGCGGAAAGUUGUUUGAGAACCUGAAAACAAAACUUUAUAAGAAACAACGUACAUUUUUUACUCGAAAAAAAAAACUCCACCUAUUAGAGAUGAAAGAAAUGGAUUGCAUGGAUGUUUCAGUAUGAAGAAGAUUUUCAAAGUAUUCAAAAAGUCCUCCAGUUCGUCUUCAUCAAGUUCGAGUUCCGAUGAAGAGACGGAGAAAGAUUCAAAAGUCAGCAAACCCCCUCCCGAGAAACUUGCCGAAAGCCCAAAAGGUGAACCUUGGAGAAUAACGCACUCCGAUAUCGAAGUCGAACGACCUCCAAGACACAGACCAAAGUCGGCAAAAGUAAAGUUAAAGGCUACUGCUGACAAGAGCUUGAGCAAAGAGCAAGAAAGUGUACCAGAUGAUGAACCCAGAGGAUACCAUCGUUUCCAAAAGAAGCCUUCAGAGAGACAGCAUAAGGUAUGCCAUGGGACCACGAAGCAGAGAAAGUGUGACAUGGAUACAAGUAGCUUUUCCGAUGAGAGAAUGCAGCCUGUGGAGCGUCCAGCCUGGGAAAUGCUACAGACCGUGAACGCUGUUCCACCUAGGGCACUGACUGUUACAUCUGUACCCCAGACUAAGGAAUUAAUGGCAGUGCUUGGGCUAGAGGCGGCACAUGCCGAAGGACAAUCUUCCUCUGAUUGGCUGGCGAGGCACAGUGUUGAUGCACAAGACCUGUCCUAUGAUGAGAUCCUUAAAUGUGGAGUUCCUAUCAAACCUCCAUCAGAUGGUGAUCCAGACACAGCUUACAUCAAGUAUGAUGCCGCCAGACUUCAGGACUAUGAGUUCAAGCUGAAUAAUGUUAUUAACCUUUGCCAGGAGAGAAUACGCUGGUUACUCCGUGGUAGCAGACGGGCUUUUGGCAUGGUGAAGGGGAGUCAUGUAGGAGUGUUGGUUGACACUUCAGAUGCUAAUUGUGGCUAUGGUCGACUUCAGCUUUUCCAGGAAUCUCUGGUGGGUCUAAUAAAUGAACAACUGGUCAACAAGGAUCAGCUCUUCUUUGUUGGUUUUGGCACUUGCGCCGCUCCGCUAUGGAGUGUUGUCAGAGAUGUCAAUUGCAGAAUAGUAGAUGAAGCCCUGUGGUGGGUCAACAACUUGAAGCAGUCAGGAGGGUGCAAUCUUCUUGGUGCACUCAAGCAAGUUAUCAAGCGGAGGGAACUUGAUUCUAUUGUUGUCAUCCUUGGGAACACACCUGACCAGAACCCCAAACUGAUCAGUAAAUACAUCCAUGAGUCAACAGCUGGACGGAACGUGCAACUUCACACUGUAGCCUAUGACUGCUCAGUAUCAUCAACAAAUUUGUUUCUAAAAGAGCUUGCUGAACAGACUAAGGGAAGGUACCACUGUUACGCGUCCACAAGUGAUGAGCAAAUCAUGACUGGUACUGAUCUUAGUCUUGUUGCUGCUGAGAUGAACAAAGCAAUGGAAGUCUUGAGAAAAGUCCAGGAAAUGAGAGGGCAUGUAGCAGCCUCUACUGCCAGCAAUGAGAGUCUGGAGCAGUCAUUGCAUGAUAGUAAAGCAGUGGUACGAUAUGCCAAGGGCGAGUUCUCCCAGGUCAGCAAGUAUACCAGCAGCAGUUCACCUCUUGUGGUUGAGCAUCCGUCUUUUCCAGCGCGCACGUCAUUUGAUUGGCUCCAGCAGCAUGGUCUCAAAGCCAAAGGCCUUAACCUCUACCAAGUGCUAGCGCCAAAUGCGUACUCAUAUGUGGAUGGGUACAUCUCAUCUAUCAAUCGGAAUGUCCAAUCGAGAGUACAUGAGAUGAGUAUGGCACAGUUUGAAUGGCAUGAUGGCACAGUCAAGAAUGUCCAUGUGGACCCUACACUUCUGUUUGACUACCAGCGACACCUGGAAUCUGCUGUCCGCCUGUACAGGCGCCGUAUGGAGUGGCUCUCUGUCGGUUGCCGUAAGAUCUUUGGCACUGUUGUAGAGAGAAGGGUGGUGAUUCUUGUCGACAUGUCCAUAUGCACGUCACCUGCAGUGCUCCGUCUUCAUGAACACAUCCGCUUACUGCUUGAGCAGCAGAUGGCUAACAAGACUUCUUAUAACUUCAUAUGUUUUGGCGACAAAGCAGAGAUGUUCCGCCCCUGCAUGGUUGAGCCAUCCCCAGAAUAUCUAGAAGCCACUUGGAAAUGGCUGCUGCAAAUUGGCUGUAAAGGAAGCAGAAAUUUUCUAGAUGCUUUUCGGCUUGCUGUUGAAAAUGAAGAGGAACUCAAGCAUGGAAUAGAGGUUGACGGUAUUUAUGUCAUCACAAGUGGUGUGCCUGAUGAGCCAAAGGAUGUUGUGUGUGGGUUUAUGAGAGAAGCACUCGCAGGCCGAAACAUCUCACUGCACACGAUCUUCUACGAGGUUGAUGACGAGGAUGGGCUGAUCGCUAUUCCUGGCAAGUUCGCCGACCGGGAAGAGACUGCUCACACUCUUAAAGAAAUGUCCCAUAGUGUGCGUGGCCGCUUCCAUUGGUAUAGAAAUGGAGCACUUAUUGAGAGUGAUGACCUGAGAGCUGUGAUCAACGAGAUGGACCGAGCAUUUAACUACUCCCAAAAGACUGCUAUGCUGCUUGAGACAGUGAGAAAGAAAAAGAUUGAGCCGGUCAAUACAGCUUUUGAUAACCAACUAGUUCCCAGGCCCCCUUCAGCUAGUAAAGUCAAGAUGGCUCUAACACCGCCGCGACACACCGCUCUCACAAAAGCCCGGAUGACUCGCCCACAAACAGCAGGUGUUGAGGCCAGCCCCAGUCCCUUAUCAACGGGUAAGAAGUCACGGCCAUUGAGUGCGUCAUCACAGACCAAGGAGUCGUCACUAAAAGCUCUUUGCUGGAAACCCAGCACUGCCAGGAGUAGUACAACACUCAUCCCAACACCACCACCUUCAAAGAACAUUAUUGUGAAAGAAAAGAGACCAUCGUCUUCAGUUAAAGCUUCACAACAGGCUUUUUAUACAGAGUUCAAGAACCAGACAGGAGCUAUAUUUACACAGUACCCCACAAGUAGCAUGCGGAAGCCCCGCCGACCUGUCCCCGCGGCCUUCAUCCCGGACAAGGAGGAGGUUGUCACCACCCGUGAGUGGAUGCGCCACUACAGUCUCGCAAAGCUCAAGCUGGACCUGAACAAUAUCGUGGGCACGGCGGAGUGCACCCACGCCAAGGGCAAAGUCCAAUCAAUCGGCCAAUCAGUGCCCGCCAGGUACUGCACCAUCUUUCCGAGUGUAGAGGUGAAGGGCGUGGUCAAGCACUUGCACCUCUUGCCUCACGAGCUCGAUGACUACGAGGAGCAAGUGCAGCGUGUUAUGCGCCGAUAUGUCAAGCGCUUGCAAUGGCUUAUGAGCGGCAGUCGACGUGUCUUUGGAACAGUCGUGGAGAAGAAAGUGAUCAUUUUGAUUGACAUAUCCGGUUCCAUGGUUGCUAGCAUGGAAGAGUUGAAGAGAGAGCUAUCUGCUCUUAUCUGGGACCAAAUACGAAAGACAGCUUCCAUGUUCAAUCUAGUUUGCUUCUCGUCCGAGGCAGUUCCUUGGAGUCCGAGCUUGGUGUCUGUCGAUGACAAGUCCUGUCAAGAUGCUGUGGAAUGGGUGACGUCAUUUGAGGCAAAUGGCAGCACGUGUACGCUAGACGCCCUGCAGCUCGCAUUCGAGGACCCGGAUGUCACAGGAAUCUACCUCCUGACCGACGGCAAACCGGAUAACAGCACAACGAUGGUUCUUCGCGAAAUAGCCAAGCUAAAUUCCUCUCGAAACGUCAAGAUUCACUGCACAUCAUUUAACUGCGAUGACAGCGCUGCUAACAAGUUUCUUCAGUUAUUGGCCUCACAGACAGGCGGGCGGUUUCACCGUUGCCAGGGUGAUACAGAUGGUCACGUGUUUGCUCAUCGACUUCUUACCGAGGGGUUCAGAGAUGACGAGCCGUUGAGUAUGCCGUCAUUUGAGGGGGACGACCUUCGCCGUCUUGGAAGUGAGAUCGCUUCGUGUAGGAAGUUCUUGAUGCAGGCGCGCUCAUACAGAGCGCUUUUCCCCGAGCCAGGGAAAGAUGACAAGAGACAACAGCACCCAGUGUCCGAGUCAACUGAGGUGUUCCAUGGGCCUAAACGCAGUAGCACUUCCAUUACAGUCACGUGACAUGGACUAUGUAACCCCGCUUUACAGGUGGCGAUCACGUGAUAUCUUCAACAGUUUGCUAUGCAAUCUACCUCGAUAACUGUUGUAGCCGAAAUAGCUCUUUAUUAGGUCCCCCUGCAAGGAGUUGCCCCCUUCUUCCUAAGAAUCACUUAUACGUCCACUCGCAGUGUAUAUAGCACCUCACAAGUAUAUAAUAUACAAGAUAUCGGUGAUGUUUUAUUAUAGAACGUCUUAAACGAGUUAGAUAUGUGAACCCUAGACACCCUUGUACAGAUCCAAACUGAAAAAAAGAACGGUACAUAAAGUAACCGCGUUUAAA